UUUCAGAUAUACAACUUUUUUGCUUGCCGCAGGGGCAGGCGCCUCGACAUCGUCAAUGCGCACGCACGUUACGACGAAACAUAGGGGACGCUGGUAAUGCUUUGAAGCCCAAGUACGCGAAGCAUAGCUGAAUCGUCUGCAUAGAGGCUGGACGCUUCUGUCCAAGAUGAUAGGCGGCGAUUUCGGAGGUUCGGCAGGUUCGGCGCUGGCGGACGCAGUCCACCGCGGAAUAGGUCCUCUUCCUGCUGGCCAACGCGUCGCAGUGAUAACCGUGCGCGAGGCACUCACGGGGUGGAGCGAAGGCUUUGCACGCUACGGUGUGCCCUGCGAGAUCGGCCAUUACUCUGUGCAAGGGGAACAGCGCGAGUACGUCGAUGGUGCUAUUCAAAAGAGGUACCUGCGUGCGUCCAUCCCCUUGAAUCCUGACUGGGAUCUGAACACCGGAUACGAAAAUGCACUGCACAGAACAGGAGAAGGCUCGCCGCCGACGCAUCACCUACUUCGCUGGGUUAUGCUCAACAAGGACAAAGUGGUGACGCCUUCGUCUCGGGCAGCUGGGUGCCCACGCACGGACUUUAUCUGUGGCCGGUACACUUUGGCAACACUUCUGUGCACACCGUUCGAGGAACGUGAAGCCUGGAGGAUAGCGGCGUGUCGGCAUAGAGACAUCGUGUACAUCCGUGGCAUUCCAAUGAAUGAAGCAGUUGAGCAGUCCCUCAGUGAGAGCCGCGACCGGUAUCGGCAUCGCAUGCGCUACUACGGCAAGAAGUUCCAGCUCAUCAUGACCACGGAUAAAGCUGGAGCUGCCCCCAAGAAGAAUGAAGCCGUCAGGGAAAGCGAUGCAUACAACGUCGUCCUCCGCAGCAAGCUGGGAUCGCACUCCAUCGUACUAGGCGCCGAAGUUAAAGCGGUGGACCCCUCUGUUAAAUGCAAGCCGGGUUCUACGGCUGGAUACGUGGAGUUCAAGACAUGUGGCGACAACUUCAAGAAGGCCCAGCGGUAUAAGUUCUACAGGCAUACAUUGCUACGCUGGUGGGCCCACUGCCGCUUGGGCGGCAGCCCGAAGGCGUUUUGUGGUUUUCGCAACGAAAGUGGAACUGUCUUUUCUGUCCAGGAGUUUGACGUUAUGAGGAUGCCGGAGAAAGCUGCGGGAAAGUGGUCGGAAGACAUAUGCAUGAAAUUCUGUGACCAGCUGCUUUCCUUCAUCAAACGGCAUGUUGAAGAGAAUGACGGAAGGAACGCCUACCUUUUCGAGUACGUGCCCACUUCGGGCGAAGUUGUCUGCAAGCGCCUGACAGAUCCCGGGAACCUUUACGGGCUGCCAGAUUGGUUCCUGGAGGCGUUCGAAGGUUAUUGAAGUGUCCGCAUCAGCUGCUGUCAUAAUCGCACCUCAUGCGAUGAUUUAGCGACAGCUGUUCUAGAUUUUUUAAAAGACAAAGGGUUUCUGUGUGCCCGCUAAGCGUUCUACUUGAGGAAGAUGUACGAUGGUCGCGCAUUGCCUUAUGGAAGAUCCGAAGUAUAUUGUUUACAAUUUGUCAUUCUUGCAAAAAUAUCGCUGUUUUUAAUAAUUUUUGAUAGAGCUAAUGCUUCUGAAUUUUAACGCUUGAUGACAGUGCUCUAUAAAAGUUGAAAUAUUUCAGGUAAUUACUGUACAAUGUAAACGAACGGUUACACAACUCGCAAUAUCCAUUGACGAGGCAGGCAUUAAAAUAAAAAUCAUUUUUUACACCUG